AACAACUCGUCGUCCACUUUCCCCCCCUCUCUUUCUCUCUCCUCUUUCUCUCUCUCUAAAAUACACUCCCUUCCUUCUCUCUCUCCCCCCAAAACUCUGCUCUGAAGCAACGAAGAUCACAAGGAACGCCUUGAGCUGACCUCUGAAUCUGGUCCCGCGCGCAUACAUAUAUGUCAGAGGGAACUCCCCGGCGACCACUUCCGGUCACCGAGCCGAGAUCCAGGCCUCCCCAUCCCUCGCCGCCACUCCAUCGGCGGAGCCCCACUGCGCGUCGGUCCUCGAAACCCUCCAGAUCCCUCAGAAUCCUGCGACGAUACCCUUCGGAUUCUUCCGUUUCUCCCGAUGGUCGUUUCCCGGGCGACGAUCAUCUGCACCCGGAGUCCGACGAGGGUGUCCUGUUCCGGCUUCAGACGUGUGCGGACAUCCUCUCCUACCCUUGCUUCCUGUCGCCGUCUCCACAAAUUCCGGAGGUGCAGAAGAAGGCGAAUAAGGAUUCAAAGGUGGUGGUAAAUGUUACAGUAGAAGGAAGUUCAGGACCCAUCAGAGCCCUGGUGAGGUUGGGAUCCAGUGUGGAGGAAACCAUAAUGCUUGUUGUCAACAAGUACGGCGAAGAAGGCCGGAGCCCCAAGCUCGACCGCCACGCCGCCUCCUCCUUCCAGCUGCAUCAGUCCUAUUUCAGCCUUCAAGGUUUGAAUAAAUCAGAUGUGAUUGGGGAAGUUGGCUGCAGAAGCUUCUAUCUUCGAAAGAGCAGCAGCAGCAGCAGUAACAGAGGAGAUGGACAUGGAAUGCAACUGGUUUCUGCUUCCUCCAAUCCUCAGAUUGAUUCUGUGAGAGCAACCUCUCCCCCUCCUUUCAUCUGCUUCACUGCUUUCAUCGAGCAGUGUAUCAGAAAAAUUGUGAGAAGAACUAGGAAGCUGUGGAAGGUCUUGGGUUGUACUUGUAUGCAGAGUGGAUGACCUAGACCCAUACCAUACCCAUACUCGGACCCAAGCCCAAACCCGGAUCAUCCCACGAUUCAUUGCUAGAGUGACAUGCAUUCUAUUGUGUUGCUCUAACAGGCGUAACUUUUUAUUUUUAUUUGUUUUGCAUUUCGUCAUUUUUCUUAUAAUCAACCUGUAAAUAGUAUACCUGCUCUUUACCCUAUACUCUCUGUAAACCUUAUAUUGGAAGAUUCAAUUCCAGUUAUAUCAAAUGGAGUUGAUGUGCCA